AAUUCACGCAGCUGAGUUUUAGUCACUGCCUUAGAGGACUUUAAUUUUAUAUCCUUUUUUCACAUGAAAAUAAGGCCUCAUGAAGGAUAAGCCAGCGAAAUUCAGAAGGGAGAAUGUGUCACAACAUUUUUCCUGGUUUGAUUUCAGCAGAGUUUUGAGGGCCGUGUCCUGUGGCUGCUGCUCGGGGUGUGUGACACUCCCGGAGCCCCCUGAGAAUUUGCCCUGCAGCUCCUUUAUCCCGGUGUGAAACCCAUCCUGAACCUGUCCUGUCCUUCGUGGUGUCUCUGUGGGUUCCUGCACCUCGCACCCUCCAUCCCGCACAUUUUGGCAUUUUGGAAGCAGCAUCCUCCCCACGAGAACUCUUUUAAAUCAGAUUUCACCGGCGUGAAACUGAGCUAAAAGCCCGAGCACUCCUGGUGCCACCUGCUGCUGCUGCUGCUGCUUUUUUGGGUUGUUCCUCGAUCCCCCCUCCUCCUUUGGCUUCUCUGCCAGCAGUCAACGGGGAAAAAAAAAUUAAAAAAAAAUUUAAAAAAAAGAAAGAAAUGAUUGUGAAAGAAGGCUGAAAGUCCAAGUUCGCUGCCUCCCUGGUGGGGUGGGCAGGAAGGUGGGACAAAAGGCACAACCCUGCCCGAGCGGGGCUCUCCCCCCUCCUUCCCCUUGUGCUGUGGGUGGGUUUGGAGCAGCAGCACAGUCCGUAACACAAACCCUGGGAUUAGAGCGCGGUCACCCUUGCGACAGCUGCCCGCGGGUGUCCGACACAGCGCUCGCUGCUCCCGCCGCUCUUUUUCCUGGUUUUUAUCCAGCCUUGUUCCUCCCCUCCCUCUGUUUCUCUCUCUGCCCUCCCCACAGCUCCACGCCGCUCCGCUCCAUGCUUGCCUCGCCUCCCGAGAAGAACCACGGCCGAGUUUUCCUAGAGGAGACUUUUGCUCCCCUGAGCCGGCAGAAGGCAGAGCGGGGCUGGGGAGGGGAGCUGAACCCCGGCCAAGCCCUCGCUGCCAACCCUCGUGUCAGUGCUAAACCCGCUCCGAGACACAGGGGAGGGACUUUUUUUAUUUGUAGAGGAGAGAAGGAGAAAAGAAACUCGAGCCUGGCUUCCCUUGUGGCGUGUGCGUGUCGCGGCCAUCCCUCCCCGUCCCGCGGGUUGGUAAAUGAGAGCACGUGAAGAACAUGAGGUUUCCUGCUUGACGGGGCGGGCAGCGCCGGCACGGAGCGAGCAGGAAGGCGAGCGGUGCCUUUGCGGUGUGCCUCACACCCAGAGCGGAGCGCAGAAGUGCCCCGGGGGGUGGGAGCAGAAGGAGAAAGGGCGUCCGAUGCCAGCUGCCAACAUGACAGAAACCCUGCAGCUCCCGGCGCUGCGGGUCCCCGAGCAGCAGGGGCUGGAGGGCGGCUGCGCCUGGUCCAGCUCGUCCACCCCGACCCUGCGCAGGAGGCGCUUCAAGAUGAGGCGGAUGAAGAACGUGCAGGAGCAGAGCCUGGAGGCCGGCAGGUUCCAGGAGUCUCCUUCCUCCUCCAAGGAGUACCUGCAGCUCCCGUCCAUUGAGAUCACCCCCUCGAGUGACGAGGACACCCCCUGGUCCAACUGCUCCACUCCCAGUGCCUCCCCCCGCCGCAAGCGCUUCCUCCUUCGGAAGUGGCUGCGCGUCCGAGAGAAGAAGGAGUGCAGUGAGAGCAGCAGCCAGCAGAGCAGCCAGCAGAGCAGCCACGACGAUGACUCCGCGCGGUUCCUGAGCCCCCUCCUGCGCGAGGACAGUACCGCCAGUAACUCCAACCGCAGCACGCCCGCCUGCUCCCCGAUCCUGCGCAAACGCUCGCGCUCGCCCACGCCGCAGGACGCCCCGGGGGACGCCAUGGUGGAGAAGGGCUCCGACCACUCCUCGGACAAGUCGCCGUCCACGCCGGAGCAGGGCGUCCAGCGGAGCUGCUCCUCACAGUCCGGCCGCAGCGGGGCCAAGAACUCCAAGAAAAGCCAGAGUUGGUAUAAUGUCUUGAGCCCGACCUACAAGCAGCGGAAUGAGGAUUUCAGGAAGCUCUUCAAGCAGCUCCCGGACACGGAGCGCCUCAUCGUGGAUUACUCAUGUGCUCUCCAGCGAGACAUUCUCCUGCAGGGCCGCCUCUACCUCUCCGAGAACUGGAUCUGCUUCUACAGCAACAUCUUCCGCUGGGAGACCCUGCUGACAGUUCGCUUGAAGGACAUCUGCUCCAUGACCAAGGAGAAGACAGCACGGCUCAUUCCCAAUGCCAUCCAAGUUUGCACUGACACUGAAAAGCACUUUUUUACUUCCUUUGGGGCUCGGGACAGGACGUACAUGAUGAUGUUCAGACUCUGGCAGAAUGCUCUGCUGGACAAGCCCCUGUGCCCAAAGGAGCUCUGGCACUUUGUCCACCAGUGCUACGGGAACGAGCUGGGGCUGACCAGUGACGAUGAGGACUACGUGCCCCCCGACGAUGACUUCAACACCAUGGGCUACUGCGAAGAAAUCCCCGUGGAGGAGAAUGAGGUCAACGACAGCUCCUCCAAGAGCAGCAUGGAGGCCAAGCCAGAAGCCAGCCCUCAGCUGCCAAAGAAAUCUGUCACUGCCAGCACCCUGACCUCCACGGGCAGCAGCGAAGCCCCAGCCUCGUUCGAUGGAGUGCUCCCAGAAGAGGAGGAGGCGGUGGCAGAGAGCCCUGUGGAGAAAGACCUUGGCAUUGCCAACAUCAUGGGAGAGAAAAUCGACAUCAUUGGCCCUGUGAACUCCCCCUCCCUGGACUUCAAUGACAACGAAGACAUUCCCACCGAGCUCAGUGACUCCUCAGACACCCACGAUGAAGGGGAAGUCCAAGCCUUUUACGAGGACCUGAACGGGCGCCAGUACGUGAACGAGGUGUUCAACUUCAGCGUGGACAAGCUCUACGACCUGCUCUUCACGGACUCCCAGUUCCAGAGGGACUUCAUGGAGCAGCGCCGCUUCUCUGAUAUUAUCUUUCACCCCUGGAAGAAGGAGGAAAAUGGCAAUCAGACCAGAGUGAUCCUGUACACCAUCACCCUCACCAACCCUCUGGCCCCCAAAACUGCCACAGUCACUGAGACCCAGACAAUGUACAAAGCCAGCCAGGAGAGCGAGUGCUAUGUCAUAGACGCAGAGGUGCUAACCCACGACGUCCCCUACCACGAUUAUUUCUACACCAUCAACCGCUACACGUUGACUCGUGUUGCCAGAAACAAAAGCCGACUCAGGGUUUCCACAGAAUUACGCUACAGGAAACAGCCUUGGGGGCUGGUGAAAUCCUUCAUUGAGAAGAAUUUUUGGAGUGGCCUGGAAGAUUAUUUCCGUCAUUUGGAGAGCGAGCUGACCAAAACAGAGAGCACGUACCUGGCCGAGGUGCACAGACAAUCCCCCAAGGAGAAGGUGAGCAAGCAGCCCACGGUGCGGCGGCGGAAGCGCGCGCACGCGCACCUGCGGGUGCCGCACCUGGAGGAGGUGCUCAGCCCCGUCACCACCCCCACGGACGAGGAGGUCGCCCAUCGGAUCAAGCACGUGGCAGGUUCCACUCAGACACGGCACAUCCCUGAGGAGAGCCCCAGUGGCUUCCACCUGCAGAGUGUCUCCAAGCUGCUCCUUGUCAUCAGCUUCGUUCUGGUGCUGCUGGUCAUUCUCAACAUGAUGCUGUUCUACAAGCUCUGGAUGCUGGAGUACACCACGCAGACGCUGACAGCGUGGCAGGGCCUCAGGCUGCAGGAGAGGUUACCCCAGUCUCAGACAGAGUGGGCCCAGCUGCUGGAGUCCCAGCAGAAGUACCACGACUCGGAGCUGCAGAAAUGGCGCGAGAUCAUCAAAUCCUCCGUGAUGCUUCUGGACCAGAUGAAGGAUUCACUAAUAAAUCUCCAGAAUGGCAUCGGGUCCCGGGACUUCGGGUCAGACCCAGAGGAGAAACGGAAACGUUUCCAUUAACAGGCAGGAAUGCAGGAGGCCAGAGGACGGUGUGCAAUACCUGUAAAUAGGAUAUAUAAAUAUAUAUAUAAAUAUAUAUAUAUAUACAGAUAUAAAUAUAUAUAUUAUAUACAGAUUUUAAGAGAAAAAAAAAAAAAGAAAAAGAAAAAAAAAGCCUGAAGAGGGGAAGGAGUGACCUCCAACACUGGCUGAACUGGAGCGUCUCUGGGACUGUGGGGGGGGUGUGUGUGGGAGGGCUGUGCUCUCCCAGCACUGAGGUGUGCUUAGGGCCGUGCCCAGCUCUGCUCCCUGGGCCUGUGCACUCUGUAAUAUUCCUGUCUGUCUGUCUGUCUGUCUGUCUGUCGUGGUUCUGUUGUCUCAAAGGGAAGCAUCAGUGUGAGUGCCCCCCCUGCCCGUGCCCGUCCCCUCCCUGCGCAUGGAGGUCCCUGGCUCGCUCUAUUUAUCCCUGAGGGGACACUGUCACCUCCCUCACCUGGCUGGCUUCAGAGGUUUUGGCAGUGGCAGUCAGUCCCUUGCAGAACUGCUCUGGAGAGGAGGGGGAGUUCUGUGGGUCUGUGCAGGGCAGACCCCCCUGGCAGGAAUUUGCUGUCAGGGCAGCCAGGCUGGCUCAGAGAGCAAAGCACAGAGCUGCAGCCCCCUCCACAAACCCGAAUUUGCUGCCUGCUGCUGUGGAGGCUGCAGUGAGAGCCAGGGCAGUGUCUGCCUCCAAGGUGACAGUGUCCCCUUCUCCUGUUCUCUGCUUCCCCUGUGCUUGGGCCCUGCCACUGAGCCAUCCCUGUGCUGCAGGUCUGCUUCACUGCUGGAGUCACCACGGUGGGAGGACACAAAUUUAAACAGAAAACCAAAAUUAGGAUUGGUUUGCAAGCACUCCCACUACCCAGCUCAGCAAAUCUCUCUCCUGUUUGCUCACCCAGCCCUUGUCUUGUAAAAUCUGUGGGGAAACGGGGAAAAACAGCAGCUUCCUUUCCUUGCCUGGGAUAAAUUUACAUGAUUGCAUCUAUGCAGCAACAGCCAUCACUGUGGAUAUUUAUGUGACUGCAUCUGUAGAGCAACAAGGCUUCCAAAAAUCCGGGAGAGGUCAGGAAGGGUCACAGGGACCAAGGGAGGAAAGGACAAAGGGCCCAUCAGGGGGUGGCAGGGCAGAGCUGGGUGUGAGGCACCUGAGGGUGUCUCCAUCAGGGGUAGUGCAGCCUGGGAGUCAGCCAGGGGGUAGAGCUGCUCUGAAAGAAAGCCAGUGUGCAUUUUGAGUUGUUCUGGGGGAUAAUUCCAGACUCCAUUAGCAGCCAGAUGAGGAAGAGGGGCAGCUUGGCUGUGCUGUGCAGUGCACAGGCUCCACAGGGAGUGCUGGGGAUGCAGGCUGCUUCUUGAAGUGUUUAAUAAAUGCUUUGGCCUCUUCCCCAGCCAGGUAGAUGAGGGGAAUGUGAGUCCCACUUAGCCCAACGCUGGGAUUUUUCCACCUUCUGGCUGGCAGUGGGGAGGCAGCUGCACAUCCCAGUGUGGACAUGGUGCAGCUGUGGCUCCUGCACUGCCCCCAGGGUCAGUGAUUGCUCUCACACCAUUCUGUGGCACACAAUAUCCUCACUGCAGGCUGAGGAAAACCCUCUCAAGCUCCCCCUUUCCACUUAGGGGAAGGGAAUGGAUGCAGGAAGGAGCUGCUGAUUCUCCCAACCUGCCUGCAGUCCCCAUGUCCAAGUGCAGAACACAAAACCCACACGUGCAUGGGUGAAGCCAGGCUGUCAAAAGGACAUUUCAGACUGUGAAAGCAAACUCCAGUUGGGGAAACCCAGAGAGUAAUGUCUAUUUAUGUCUAUUUAUUUUAUUUAAUGCUGCUGACUACUGUACUGCUCCCUGAUUUUUCCCGGGGAGGCUGCUGAAAUGGCUGCUGUACCAUGAAAUUGAGGUGCUAGGGCCUGGGAAGGGCUUUCUGUGGCUCAUUUUCCCCACUGUGACCUGCCAGACUGUCCCAGAGUCCCCUUUCCCCUCUUAAGUCACCCCCACAAUUACUAAGCACACAAAAUUCCCCUGCUGCUGGAAUUUUCCCCUGCUGGAAUUUAAUUUCAAGCAGCGAGCAGGAUGGCACAGAGGGCUUCACCCUGCCCAUGCCAGGAAAGAGAAAAACACUGAAAGAGGAGCCUGGAGUGUGGGCUCUUGUCUCUGGAGACAGAGGAAUCACAGAGGGUCACAGAUAAAUGCUGCUGAUCACUAUUUGUCACUCACCAAUGUCACAUUCCCUCUGUUGGGGAGGCAAGGAAUCCUUUUUCCCAUCCUGAACCCUUUCUCCUGUGCAGAUUUCCCCGGGGAGUUCCCUCAGGCUGGGCCCAGAGACAGAACUGCUCAAGCUCUAUUGAAUCAAUGGCAGGCCAGGCAGCUGUAGCAAUCUCCACACUAAUAUUUGUCCUACCUGCACUUAAAGUGGGUUUUUAACCUGUUUGACACCUGUCCUGACACCCAGCAAUGUGAAAUCCUUCAGGAGGAGCACAGGGGUGGUGCAGAACCUUCACACUGAGGGAGGUUUCUCUUUGAGGCCUCAGGGGUUUUGGUUUUCUCCAGUUUUUUCUUUUUCCCACCUGGCAGCCAGCCUGGCUUGGAGUUGGAUGGGAUUCACAAUCUCUUUUUGCCGCUUAAUCUCUAAUUACAGUAGUAAUAAAAAGGGGAAAAGCAAGGUCUUAAGGCACUAAUGGUGAUGAGGGUUUAAACAAAACCUUGGAGUGUUUUCCUCUGGAGGGCUGGGGUAGGAAUCAGCUGCCCCUCCCUGGCCAGGUUAAUUCCUCCUGGAGCCAGAGACAGUUUUGGAUUCCAUUUCCUGGAGGGAUCAGUAACACUUUCUAGGAGUGAGAGGCCUGAAUAAUGCUACAGAGGGUGGUGCUGCCCUCAGCACUCAGCCAAGCCUGCCUUCCACCAGCAGGGUUUUCCUUCUCCCCGUGCUCCCCUGUGCCAGAAAUCCCCCUGGAUUCUCCUCACAGCAGGUGCAUUUCCCUCCCAGUCUGACCCUUCCACCUGCACAUCUGCUGGGGUUUGAUUUGCAGGAUCUGAGCAACCACAAAAACAGGGAUUUCUUUUUUUUUUUAAAGGCUUUUCUCCAGGCAAGGAAGCAGAAGUAAUGCCAACAGCUUGUAGCCUAAAUCCUGCCAAGGAAAAUGCUUCCUGUUGGGAGGGGGGAGUAGGGGGAGGCUGAUCCAGCAGUCUGUGACAUCCUCACUGAUCUUACCUUGGCACAGCCUCACCUCUGACAAACACACCCCUUCCAGUGCUUGUCUUGGAGCAGUUCUGGCAGCUGGGAUGGGUGGAUUGGAGUCCUGGAUAACUGCUGUGCAGCCAGGCAUUCCCAGGGUAGGACCAGAGGUUUCUGCAGCAGCAGCUGCCUGUAAAAUCUCUGAAGGACCAAAAACCAGGUUAUUCCAGGUGAAGAGCUGCCCAAGGCAGGGGCACUGCACAUUCCAGGUAGUAAAUGUGGGAAAAUGAAAGAUAGAGAGGCACUUACAAUGGGAAGGAGCUCGCUGUUAACAGGAUAAAGAGAUUUUGGGGUGCUCUGCACUGCAGGCACUCUUCAGUCAGAAAACUGUGCUGUCAGCUCACACUGACUGACACUAGCUUCUGUCUAAACCCCUCUGGCUCCCUCAAGUCCUUUGGGAGAAGAGAAGAAGGGCACAGGACUUUGAGCUGCCCGUUGUGCUGUGACACAGAGGCUGCAUUUCCACCUCUGGCUGCUGUCCCUGCCUGCUGGGUGACACCUGACCCUGCUUGGACGCUUCUGAUCCUAAAAACAGAAACCUUGGGGACAGGAAAUGUCUUUAGUGUAACAUGACCCUGGAUUGGAAGAGGAAAGGUUUCAAAGCACAAGGCUUUGCUGGAUUUGGUGCCCUGGAGGCACAAAAGUGCCUGAAAUUACAGGGCAGGUAUUGGGAGAUCCCCUCUAGGAAUGCCAGUCCUGGAGUGCUGACUGUCCUUAUCAGUUUCAGCAGCUCACCUGGCUGUAGAUAAGGACAGAAUUUUCAGCCUCCUUGGCUCCUCAGCGCUGUCCUGGUGGCCACAUGGGAGCUUUUUCUUACCUUUAUGCAAGAAAGGUAGAAAUUUCUUUUUCAGAGAGUGACUGGAGACACUUUUGGUGUGGGUACUUGAGAGCUUCUGGGGUGUGCUGCACAGGAGCACAGAAACAGAUUCCUUCCUGAUUCACAGCUGGAACUGUAAAUGGUUCCACAAGACAGAAAAUCAGUCCUAAAAUCACUGUUCAAAGCAACAGUGCCUGGCUCAGGGGAGGCAGCUCUGUCCUGUCUGCCCAGGCAGCUGCUGCCACCCCCAGCUCCUGACAGCUCAGUGCUUCCUGCACUGCCUGCUCAGCUCCAAGGCUCCUGCCAGGCUGCCACCAACACUGUCCCUGGCACUGCCACCUCGACUGUGGCUUCGACUUUUCAGCCUCAGCACCACCUAAAAUACCUGGCAGGGGCUCAAAACACAGAACAGAGACUCUGGAACCAAAGCCCCCGAGGGAAGUGGCUCACAGAAGCCCUGUGCCAGUGUGGUUCCUGUGCUGAUUUCCCACUGGAUCUCUGUGCUUUGCAGUCUCUCCAGCACGAGUCUCUCUGUGCCAUAAACCCUCUCUCCCCCUGGAUGUGCACACUGGCCAAAUAAUCUCGUGUCUUGGGCGACUGCUGAUGGAGGCCAUUCCCUGAUCUGGGCAGACAGCAUGGGCUUCUCUUAGCAUGGACCUGUGGCAUGCCAUGCCCUCCUCCUCUCCCACACGUUUUGCAGUGCUUGCUAUGGCUUUGCCCUGUCCCCUCCCACCUCUGCUGCUGGACAAUCAUUACCUGUGUCAUAGAUGGUCUGACCUGGUGCUGUCCCUGCCUGCCUUCCCCUCCUGCGGUCUGUAUGCUCUCUUCAAGUGAAUGUGUUUUAUUUUAUUUUAUUUUAAUUUUUUUUUUUUUCAGUAGGGAAAAGGACUUCCUUCUGCUGAAGGAAUUAUAUUUGCACAUGGCUCGGGGAGGUUCCUCCUCUGGCCGUUUCUGUUACCUCACUCAUUUAGGCCAAUUCCAUUGCUAACGUUCAAGGCCACCUUCCCUGACCCAAACCCCGAGAGUAGGUGGGGAAUGAACCCCAGGAGAGAAUGAAUGAACCCCAGGAGGGAAUGAAUGAACCCCAGGAGGGAAUGAAUGAACCCCAGGAGGGAACAAACCCCGAGGUGCAGCUCAGGCUCUGGAGCCACAUGCUCGCUCCCCCGGGUGGAAUCAGGAUUUGGCAGGGAGCUGUUCCAGCUCCAUCCAGCAGGGAGCCUGGGCCGUGCACGGCAUCCCCAUCUCCACAUUCCCAGCUCCUGGGAAAUGGCCCUUGGAGAGCAGGGAUGGAAGCACCCGCCUGGCUCUGGGCUGGGUGUGGAGGGAGGGAAGAGCAGCAGAGCCGUGGCAGCGUCACAACCUCCCACGAGUGGCCUGGCGUGGCCAUGGCACCUCUGGGACAUCACCAUUCCAGUGGGAUUCACCUCCCACCACGUGCUCCAGGGCUGGAGAAAGCUGCUAAACCCUGGGGCGUGUUCUCCCCACCUGGAUCCUGCAAUUCCUGUGCCUGAGCGAGGAUCUGUUCUCCUCAGCACGGCACAGGAGCAGGUCCUGCAACCACCACGAGCUUCCCUCCUGGAAUCCCCUCCAGAGGCAGGGGACUGAUGGCCGAGGUGACUCUGGGGUGGGUGGGGGAAGGAUUGUGGGUUUGUUUUAGGAGUUGUCCCGACUGUCAGAAACUUUUUGCGCUGUGCGCAAAAAAAAAAAAGAAAAAAAAAAAAACCACAAAAAAACCCCAAAAUCAACCCGCGGUUAAAAAUCGAUACUGGAACGUGCUGGAAUGUAGGGAUUGUACAGGCUCUGCAGCCAAACUCCGUGUAAGUAGUUAGUACCAUGGAAGUACGGUAUCAAUUAAAAAAUCUAUCCAACAACCA